CCCCCCAGUCCCCUCUCAUGAGAAUGAUUGAUUUCCCUCGAGCCUUUGCACCAUGGAAGUUUCUCACUCAGUCAUUCCCAAUCCCAGACAUGCUCUCGCUGUCACUGAGGCAAAUAUUGCGGCCCCUAUGCCUCCGGGCAUCAGGAUGUGCUUGGAUAGAGGGGAAGCUGGCGGUGGAGUUGCCCAGGCGAGGGCUCUCCAGCGGGGGACAGUGGACGGGACAGGACAGUCUGGCCCAGGAUGACCCAGAGAUGUGGAGCCUCCUAACCCAGGAGAAGGACCGGCAGUGUCGAGGCCUGGAGCUCAUUGCAUCAGAGAACUUCUGCAGCCGUGCUGCUCUGGAGGCCCAGGGAUCCUGUCUGAACAACAAGUAUUCAGAGGGCUAUCCUGGACAGAGGUACUACGGCGGGGCUGAGGUGGUGGACCAGAUAGAGCUGCUGUGCCAGCGCAGAGCCCUGGAGGCCUUCGGUCUGGACCCGGCCCAGUGGGGGGUCAACGUCCAGCCCUACUCCGGCUCGCCUGCUAACUUCGCGGCGUACACGGCGGUGCUGCAGCCGCACGACCGCAUCAUGGGCCUGGACCUGCCAGACGGAGGCCACCUCACCCAUGGCUACAUGACCGACACCAAGAGGAUCUCAGCCACCUCCAUCUACUUUGAGUCCAUGCCCUACAAGCUGAACCCAGAAACGGGGACGAUAGAUUACGACCAGCUGGAGAAGACAGCGCGUCUCUUCAGACCCAGGCUCAUCAUCGCCGGCACCAGUGCCUACGCACGGCUCAUUGACUACCCCCGCAUGAAGAAGCUCUGCGGGGAGCUGAACGCCUACCUCCUGGCUGACAUGGCUCACAUCAGCGGGCUGGUGGCGGCCGGGGCGGUGCCCUCCCCCUUCCAGCACGCCGACCUGGUCACCUCCACCACACACAAGUCCCUGCGUGGCUCCAGGGCAGGGCUGAUCUUCUACAGGAAGGGGGUGCGCUCCGUAGAUAAGAAAGGCCGGGAGGUGACCUAUGACCUGGAGAACAAGGUCAACUUCGCCGUCUUCCCGUCCCUACAAGGGGGUCCUCACAACCACGCUAUUGCCGGGGUUGCAGUCGCCCUGAGACAGGCGACCAGCCCCAUGUUCAAGGAGUACAUCGCCCAGGUGUUGCUGAACUCUAAAGCCAUGGCAGAUGCCCUGCUGAAACGAGGCUUCACCCUCGUCUCAGGGGGAACCGACAACCACCUGGUCCUGGUUGACCUUCGACCCCGGGGCAUGGACGGGGCCCGGGCCGAGAGGGUUCUGGAGCUGGCGUCCAUCACGGCCAACAAGAACACCUGCCCAGGGGACCGGAGCGCCCUGACGCCCGGCGGCCUGCGCCUAGGGACACCUGCGUUGACCUCAAGACAAUUUAAGGAGGCAGAUUUUGUGAAAGUUGUGGCGUUUAUGGACGAGGGAAUCCAAAUCGCUCUGGAUGUAAAGAAGAAGAGUGGCAACCUGGCCAGCUUCAAAGCCUUCUUGCUGGAGGACACUGAAACGGUCUCACGCAUUUCGGACCUCCGCCAGCGGGUGGAGACAUUCGCCAGGCCCUUCCCCAUGCCUGGCUUCACUGACCACUGAAGAAAGCAAGGCUGUGCUCCCAUGAUGCACCCAUGUUCCAGAUCGUCCUCUAGUAAAUCUACACGACGGCUACACAAUGAGCCAUCCCCCACUAUACAGUCAGAGCUUUUACAGACCAGUAUAGUUGUUAUCAAUUACAAAAAUAAUAAUUUGAACACGAAUAAACCAAAUUAUAAUAAUAAUUAUGAAUAAGCUUUAUUAAAAUAUCUUUGUUUAACUUGGACAAACUAGCAAGCCUUGUUUGCUGAAUUGCUAAUUUACCUCUUUGGUACAGAGGGUUUGUAGAAUGCAUCGUGGGAUUUUCUGUUGACGAUACUCUGCCAUAUUGAUAGGAUUCAAGAGAGUUGUAGCACUGUGAAAUCCUAAAUAAACGUAUCCGUACUGUAACCUA